AUGCAUGUAAGAGCAGAGAACUCAACAAUGGAGUCCUCCAAGUUCACUGCUGUUCUUCUCAUUUCCAUGGUGUUCAUCUCCUCGGCCAACCCCAUUCUUGAUUGUGGCUCUUGCUCCAAAGAACCUCCCAAGCACGAGACGCCCAAGCCUCCGAUUACCCUGCCCGUGCCACCUAUCGUAAAACCACCGGUGACCCUUCCACCGGUGACCGUGCCACCUAUCAUAAAACCACCUGUGACCCUUCCACCCGUGACCGUGCCACCUAUCGUAAAGCCUCCGGUAACCCUACCCCCGGGGACAUUGCCGCCUAUCGUAAAGCCACCGGUGACACUUCCCCCGGUGACCUUGCCGCCAAUUGUGAAACCACCCAUUACCCUCCCACCAGUAAUUCUUCCUCCAAUCAAACCACCCAUGACCCUCCCACCAGUGAUUCUUCCUCCGGUCAUCACCCACCCGCCGAACGGAAAGGCCUGCCCUCCACCAUCCACGACGCCAUCAUCACCGCCGGCGGCGACAUGCCCAAUUGACACACUUAAACUUGGAGCCUGUGUGGAUCUUCUUGGUGGGUUGGUGCACAUUGGACUUGGUGACCCAGUGGCUAAUGAAUGCUGCCCAGUUCUUCAAGGGCUUGUUGAGCUUGAAGCUGCAGUGUGUUUGUGCACUACACUGAAGCUCAAGGUUCUGAAUCUGAGUAUCUAUGUCCCACUUGCCCUUCAGCUCCUCGUCACUUGUGGGAAGACACCUCCUCCUGGUUACACUUGCUCUCUGUAGAUCUCAGUUAAGUAUUGAGCUUCUUUUCAAAACCCUAACCCUAAUUUUUAGAUGUCUCUGUUCAUGUUCAUGUGCUUAUAAUUAUAUUCUUUGUGGGAGUAGUACAAUCUUAAACUCUAUAGCUCAGACGAAAAGACUGAAUGGGUUACCAUCUUGAGGUCUCAAGUUAAAAUUUCUUAAGAUAGCUUUGGUUAAUCGGUCGAUGAACAUGGUUUGUAGCAGGGGCGGAUUUCCACUGGGGCAGUGCAAUCCUAAAAAACUUUUGGAUUCAUUUAAAAUUUUCAAUUUUUUUAGAAUUUUCCCCUACUAAAAAAUUUUGUAAAAUUUUAUGGCUACUUUUAUACUUGAAUAAUAUUUUUGGGACUACAAAUUUAAUGUAAUUUACUGACCUAAUUAUAUGUUAAAAUGAUUUGAUACCACUAAGAAGUUCACGAGCUGCAACAAGUUGUAAUUAAAAUAAUAUUAUUGGACCAUAUUAGUUGUUACAUCAUUAGGUUAUCAAAUUAACUAAAUAUUUUAGGUUUAAAUAACACUACUCUUUAUAUUUUGGUGAAUAACAUAAUGUUUUGAAUUAAAAAGCAUACAUAAGCUUCUUCCAUAUGAUUCAAUGUCAUGACUCCCUUCUUGGUCCCUAUAUUAUGUGCACGUGUCUCAAAUAUGAAUUAAAAUCGAACUUGAAAUUUGAAAUUUUAAUUGUAAAAUUAUAGUGUAAGCUUUAAAUCUUGAAAUCAAACCUAAAUAUUAAUGAAUCAACAUGUUUGUGAUAUAAUUAAAUAGCUGUGAUUUUAAUUUAGCAAUGAGUUACAAAUUGCCCACACUAAAUCAAAGUCCUAGCUCUGGCACCGGUUUGCAGGUGAUUUACAUGCAUUGGGUGUUGAUGUAAUAUCCAAAAGUUCAAAAAAAUACAUGGUUGGCAGGGGAUUAAGCUCCUCUUUUAUUAGCCCCAUUCCGUUUAAAUGUUGAGAAUUUCUUCAUAUCAACAUAACCACGCCAAGAAAAUUAGACAAUUGUCCAAUUAUUUUGUAACUGGACUUGAAAUAAUUAUUCUCUCUAGUAUUGAACAAUAGAUUAUGGUCACUCUUGGCUCAUUAAUCUUUGAUUGAUGGCUUUGCAGGGCUGCUAGCAAGAUUGAAGG